GACGUUUUAAACAAUGGCCGCGUAUUGAAUGAACCGACUAUUGAUUUGAAGUGAGUGUUGGUGUUUUUUUACGUUUUAUCAUGUAAUUUUUCAAACUUUCUGCUAAAAAUGUGGAUUCCUACGAAAACAAAGAAGUACGGUGUCGCCAUCUACAAUUGGAGAGGCGACACGAAAUUCGGCCUACCGUUAGAAAUCGGCGAUACGGUACAAAUAUUAGAAGAAUGCCAAGGCUGGUACCGAGGAUUUUCGUCGAAGAACCGCUCCCACAAAGGCAUCUUCCCCCAAACGUACGUGCACCUCAAACCCUGCAAAGUCGACAACGAAGGCCUGUUCGAAAGCAUAGUGCCCCUCGAAGAUCCCGUAGUUAGAGAAGUCACGUUGGUGUUGAGAGAAUGGGGGCGAAUUUGGAAAGGAAUUUUCGUUGAACGAAAUCAUUACAAAUUCGAGACGGUGGGUAAAGUUAUGAGGGAUCUUUUAGAAUGGAGGCGGCAACUGGUGUUGGGGACUUUAACGCACGAUCAGACAACGGAUCUCAAACUGAAAAUAAUACAGAAAAUAGACUGGGGAAAUAGGAAAUUAGGUUUGGACUUGGUGCCCAGGAUGGGCGCUAAUAUGGUGGAGCCCGAGUCGAUGUCCGUCGUUGAAUUGUAUCACGUCCACGUCUCCAGCGCCGAAAAUAUACAAGGGGUCUCGGCGAGAGGAACGAUCAAGAGGAAAGAGCAGAAGAAAACGCUGACGCACCAUUUGUACUUUUGCAUGAGGGAUUUCGGCCACCACAUCGGCGAAGAUACCGAGAUUUAUUUUUCCCUCUACGACGCCGCCAAACAGAAAUACAUUACCGAACGGUUCCUAGUCAAAAUUUCCAAAGAAGGGUUUUCCAAUUACGUGGAGAAACUGCACAGCAAUUGCACCGUUUUUACCGAUUUGGGAAACGCCGAACUGAGCAAAGAUAUCUACAUAGUGGCGCACGUGAUGAGAAUCGGGCGUAUGUUGUAUUCGGACAGUUCGAAACGUACGGACAAAAUGCCCGCCCAGCAAAUAUUCAAAAGACCGCACGGAGUGGCUGUGCAAAAUCUGGGCGAAUCCUUGACCAGCAAGGAGAGCGACACCGAAGAAAAAGAAUUCAACAUGAAGGUCUACCAAGCCGAAGAGAAGGACUUCCACCAACUGCACGAGUUCAUCAUCAAGCAGUCGGGCAGGUACAGCGCCCUAUCGGGUCACAUCAACUACGGCAUCAUGAUCAGCGUGAAGAUGCUGCACGGCGAAUUGAGAACGAUCAAAGAGGAGAACGCGCUGCUGUUCAAGAACGUGUGCCUGACCAACAAGCUCGGCUUUCCGGACGUCAUUAUGCCCGGAGACGUGCGCAACGAUCUCUACCUGUACCUGGACCGAGGGGAAUUCGAGAGAGGCGGCAAAUCCACCGGGAAAAACAUCGAACUCAGCGUCGUGGUUUUGGACAGCGAGAAAAAAUUAAUCAAAAAUUGUUUGUGGGGCGCUUCGGGUAUGGAACCUACAUCAGAAUACAACUCGAUGGUUAUUUACCAUCACAACUCGCCAAUUUGGGCGGAAAACAUCCGAUUAACUUUACCUAUAGAUAAAUUCGCCGGAGCGCACGUUCGUCUCGAAUAUCGGCAUUGCUCUACCAAAGAAAAGAACGACAAAAAACUGUUCGGUUUCUCGUUCCUGCGGCUGAUGGACAAGGAGGGCGCCGCCGUCCAGGACGGUCAGCACGAUUUGUACAUCUACAAGUGCGAGGACCUGCCGAAAUUGGAGAAUUGCGGUUACCUAUCCAUGCCGGCCUUUCUCAAAGACCUGGAAGGAAAUCACGAAGCGAGCGGGCAAUUUUCCAGGAGUCACAAGGAAAUCGUAUCGGUCAAAACGUUGCUGUGCUCCACGAAACUCACACAAAACGUUGAUUUACUGGCAUUGCUGAGAUGGAAAUCGCACCCGGAAAGAAUCCCGGAGUCCCUACACAGGGUGCUGAAUUUGGGCGACGAGGAAUUCAUUAAGUUUCUGCAAGACGUUUUGGAUGCGCUGUUCGCUCUGUUUUCCACGGAAGACGGGAAUUCGACGGCGCACAGCGGUCCUGUGUUCCACGUAUUGGUCUCCAUAUUCAAUCUACUCGACGGUUCGAAAUACCAAUAUUUCAAACCCGUGUUGGACGCGUACAUCAAGAAUCACUUUUCUGCCGCGCUCGUUUACAAGGGUUUAUUGACGAGCGUUCAACAUUGCGCCGAUUGGGUGACGUCCUUCGAGAAACAGGAACCGAUGCAAAAGUGCUUCAAAAGUUUGGAAUACAUUUUCAAGCUCAUUAUACAGAGUCGUUUGUUGUUCUCUCGAGCUACAGGCGGUGAUUUCGAGGACAGCUUUCGACGAGACCUCUUCAGCGUAUUCGCCUCAUUGAACAAAAUGCUCAUGAUAAGCGAUAGUCACAUUAUAAAUACUCAGGUGGCUCUAUUGAUAACCAUCAGCGCGGUGUACGAGCAACUCCUGGACGUCAUUCCUGCUGCUGAAGUCACUAAACUGGCCUCGACUAUGCUGGAUUCGCUGCCCAGGGACUUACCUGCCUUGCUCAUUCAAGCGAAGUUAUCGUGCAUCAAAAACAUCGUGACGGGGAAAUUGUUUCAAGACGACGAAUCUCGGAACGUGUUUCUCACUACAACGUGCAAGCACUUGCGUUGUCACCUUAUUAAAAGAGAGGAGCUUCGAUUGUGUACGGAAAUACUCGGAGAAAUUUUGGGUUAUUUGUUCAAACAGAGGAAACUUAGCGACGAGCAAGGGAAAGUCAAUAAUUGCAUUCAUCACGAUGUUGAUACCUUGUGUUUGGCCAUUUUGGAGGUACUCAUACAAACUAUUCUGACGAUCAUCGAUAAAGAUGUGAAAGUAUUUGGUUGUUUGGUGGCCUGUUUAAUAGGCCUGCUGCAGCUUUUGGACGAGUUUCAUUACAAGCGGCUGUGGGAAGUAGUGAUGGGGUCUCAUCAGGAUCGUAAACCGUUGAAAGAUUUCCUGCUUAGGGCGUUUUUGGUGUUCAGAAAUCUCGUCAGAAUGGAGGUGUUUCCUCCGGAUUGGUUGGUUAUUAAGAUGCUAACGAAUAACGUAAUAUUGAAGGCUCUGCAGGAGUUCGCUCAACCGCUGGCGUUCAAGUUUUUAGACAGCAGAGCAGGGUACUUCGACAAAGAGCUGUGGACAAACUAUUUCAACCUCAGCGUGGAUUACUUGACGCAAGACUCGUUGCAGUUAGAGCAAUUUUCUGACGUUAAACGGGAAAAAAUCAUCGAAAAGUACGGCGACAUGAGAGUUUUGAUGGGCUUUCAAAUUCUAUCCAUGUGGUCUCAAUUAGGCGAAUGUAAAUUGCACUUCAUACCUUCGAUGGUCGGUCCGUUCCUCGAAGUGACCCUAGUGCCGGAAAUCGAACUUAGAAAAGCCACGUUGCACAUUUUCUUCGAUAUGAUGGAAUGCGAACAAAGAGCGCGAGGCAAUUUCAAGCAAGUGGAAUGCGAAUUGAUCGACAAACUAGAUAUUUUAAUAUCGGAAAAUAAAGGUGACGACGAGUAUCGAAGACUAUUUAACACAAUGGAGCAUUUAAGCGCAGUAUUGUUAGAUAGAGUUCAAUCGGAGGAGCCAGUGUGGAAGGAAAGCGGCGUCGCUUUUAUCAGUUCGAUAACACGACUGUUAGAACGGCUUCUGGACUAUCGAAACGUGAUACAGGGCGAUAAGAAUCGCGAUAAGAGAAUGUCUUGCACUUUUAAUUUAUUGAAUUUCUACAAAAACGAGAUCAACAGGAAGGAGAUGUACUUGAGGUACAUACACAAACUCCACGAUUUACACUUGUCGGCCGAAAAUUACACCGAAGCGGCUUUUACGUUAAAAUUGUACGCCGAUCAACUAACAUGGAACAACAAUCAAGUUUCUGAUCCUAAUUAUCCCGGACAUUCCGAAUGCCAAGUGAAAGAGUUGCUAUACAGGCAGAUCAUUAACUAUUUCGAUAAGGGAAAGUGUUGGGAGAAAGGUAUUCCUUUGCUCAAGGAAUUGGCGAAUUUAUAUGAAACGAUAUUCUUCGACUAUAAGCUACUCAGUGAUAUAUUAAGAUACCAAGCCAAGUUUUACGACAACAUUUUAACGCAACUCCGUCCCGAGCCUGAAUACUUUCGCGUGGGUUUCUACGGUUUGAGCUUUCCAUUAUUCGUUAGAAAUAAGCUAUUUGUAUAUAGAGGAUUGGAAUACGAAAGAAUCGGUGCCUUUACCCAAAGAUUGCAAACGGAAUUUCCCGCUGCUCAGAUUUUAAUGAAAAACACCCCGCCGGACGAUGCUAUCAUUAAUUCAGAUGCCCAGUUUAUUCAAAUUUGCAACGUGAAACCUAUACCCGAACAAAACGCCAUAACUUUAGCAACGGAUAUUCCGGAAAAAAUAUCGCGAUUUUACUACUACAACGACGUGAGGAGAUUCCAAUGCGACCGUCCAGUGCACAAAGGCAUCAUCGACAAAGAUAACGAAAUCAAAACGAUGUGGAUCGAACGAACAACGUUAGAAAUCAACAACUCCCUUCCGGGCAUACUCAGAUGGUUCGAGGUGAUAAAUCGGCACAGCGAAGAAAUACCGCCGGUCCAGUACGCGUGCGAGACGAUGCGCAACGUGGAAAACGAACUGAGGCAAUUGAUAACGAUCCAUUCGUCGGAUCCGAAGCGGAAUUUGAACCCUUUCACGAUGAGACUGCAGGGUAUAAUAGACGCUAACGUUCAAGGCGGCAUCAGCAAGUACCAACAGGCGUUUUUCACCAAGGAAUUCGCCAAGUUGUAUCCGGAGCACAAGAUGUACGCUGAGAAUUUGAGGGAGCUCAUCAUAAACGCCACGAGGGUGAUCGAGGAGGGUUUGUUUCUUCACGGGAAACUGGCGCCCGCUAGCGUUCAACCGCUUCACCAAAGACUUUUGGAAAGGUUCGUCCAGCUCAAGGAGAGUUUGGGAGCUUUCAAUCAACAACCAGUCAAUAGUAUCAUAAAUACUCCGCUUCCUCCAGUGCCUACCGAUAAGCGAUUAAUCAUGGAGAAUUGUAGUAAUCGCUCGUCAGGAUCCAGCGGAAACUACGGUUAUCUAGUAGAGCAUCACACCUCGGAUUAUGAUAAUAUUUAUACAAAACCUGCUGAUGGCGAAAGACCGACUCUGCACAGGGAAAACCUUUCACUACCUAUGCCUAUAAACAACAUUGCUCCCCCUAUACCCCAAAGAGAGAUGAGACCUCGAUCUCAGGGAUUCAAUAAUUCCAAUUUCGCGGAAUUGAGAACUCCCACCAGAGGUCCGUUGGAAUACAACAGCGCCAGUUUACCGCUGAUGAAGUGCAGGGAGGCCGAUUCCAGCGAUAUACCUUUACCUCCGAAACCCACGCAUACUAGGGAACGAUCUCUAACCAAACCCCCGUCACCUAGGUUAUUGAGACACGCCAUGUCGAUGACUCCCACCGACAACAAUCCGCAUUCGAGAAACUCCUGGCCGGAAAGGGGAGGUAUGGAAGAAGCGCCACCAUUACCGCCCAGAUCUCACACCCCGGACAAAAGGGCGCAAAGCCUGACGACGGACGCGCCUCCGAACAUCCCGAAGCGCGGCCAAAAGAAGUCCAAUCCGUCCGUUUGCAGCGUGGAUUAUCUACCGCUGGACGAGCCCUGUCAAGAGGGCAACGUAGGGGCAUCGACGACGGGCCUGUCGGUCACGCACCUCGACGGCAACGAUCUCAGAGACUCGGGCAUCAGCAUGUCGGAGCCGCAGCUGAACAACUUCAACAACGCCAAUUUCGAGGAGUUCGACUAUCGGGCGAAUCAGUCGGAGAUGAACAUCAACAACAGUCCCAGUCCGAAGGCGGAGAACAGGGAGAAUCCGCCGCCGAUACCGCCCAAGUCGUCGUUGGGCUCGUUGAAUUCGAGCUUCGACUUGGCGGGGAGCUUGGAGAGGCCGAAGCGAAGGGGCGACGGCUCGGAGUUGAUGAGCCCCGUGGAGAGUUAUUCGUGUCCUAUAACGCGCAAGGAGAACGGCAACGCUACCAUCGAGAAGAGUUCAGACUGUUGAAUUGUGUGUAAAUAUUUUAAAAUUAGUUCGUUCGCUUAGGCAACUGAUAACUAAAUUUUAAACUAUUGAAUCUAUACUGAACGAACGAGCUAGUUGUAAAUGUGAAAUGAGAUUUCAUUAUUGUUUUUUUUUGUGGUAAUUGCUAUGUUACUGUGAUUUUGUUUUUAUUCAGUUUAGCUCUGUAAGAAUUUUUCAAAAUGAUAUCAUUUAAUUCGGUAUUUGCACACAAACACAUAUUCUCAGAGUGUGUUGGACAAUCGGUAAAAUUAUUACAGAGGCUAAAUUGUAAUGUGUUUUUGAAUUUUAUUUUUACUUUACCGAUAUUUAACCAUUCCCAAAAAUAUUCCUAUAUUUACUGAUAUUGUAUUGUCGAACUUAUCAAAAAUAUAUUUUAAUUCUAUUUUCAUAUUGUAAGUAAAAUAUUUUAGGAACGUAGUAUUGUGUAUUAUAAACAAUGGUAGUCAUAAAGGCAGAGUUGUGGCACUUACAAUUUUAUCUACAGUUAUAUUAUAAUGCGUCAAUUAUAGUUUUUCUACCGUUUCAUAACAAUCGUAAACGGUUUUUAUGAAAUAAAAAAUAUGAAAAAAAUUGAAUCUUUUUAACUUAUCACUGACAAUUCUGCCUACAAGUACAUUUAACUUGAACGUGCCAAUUUUGUAAGAGGUGAAUACCACUUUUAUUUUUAAAAUUUUAUAUGCAUUUGGGUAAAAGCGGUAUUUUCCUAUAAUUGCGUCAAAAUAAUCGAAUGAGUGAACAGAAUUCUUGUAUCUCGAAAGAGAUCAGUUUUCUGAUUAGACUGAGAAUGGAUACUUGGAAUACAGAAAAAUUCCGAAACGUUAGGUAAAUAACAUACAUAAUAGCACCUCUAGAUAAGAAAGGAGAAACCUGGAAAUGUGAUAAACUAGAAAAGAUGAAAAAAAGCCAAACCAGUAGCGUAACAAAAAAUAUAAAAGGAUGGGAAAUUUGAAGAUAAUUCAUUGGUUUUACCUAAGAACUUUUUUCUAUACUCGGCUGUUUCCUGUAGCUUUUAAGUCUUCCUUUCUCAUAUCUUCCAAUGAAUUUUCAUGUUUCGACAGUCUUUACGUUUUUUAUACUGUUUUAGUAAGUUUACAACAACAUAAUUUACACACAUUUGCUCCCAUUAUGCUUCUAUUUAUUCUCUGUCGAAUUCCAGAUAUAGGAUUUGGUCUAUUUGAUAUAAAUGACUACAAAUCAAUGAAAUCAAAGUGUUUAUGUACAUUAUUUAGAGUAAGUAUGUAGCUAUAAUGGUAGAUCACGCUGUUGGACCAAAGAAUUUUAACUGUAUCAACCAAGUAAAUUACAAGUAAGAAUUUAUGUAUCUAAAGUGUCUAUUUUGAAAAUGAUUCUGCCAUACAAUUACAAUAAAAAUGUAAAAAUUACUAUUGUCGUAUUUUCUACUAUAACAAAAUAGCAUGCUGAAAAAUCCCAAACGAAAUUUUAUUAGUACAAAAUCAUUAUUUUUUUAAUGGUAAAUUCUCGAUUCAAUCUUCAGUAUUAUCCUUGUUUGUAAAAUUUCUCUCUUUUGCUACGUUGUUAUAAGGAAAAUAAUAUUCAAUAGCCAACUUUCAUUUAUAGACUGAAACAUCGAAACGCUUUGUAUAAUUUAAAAACUGGUGCUAUUUUCAACAUUACCCAAAACUACUGUUGUUUUAUAACAAAUUAUGUAUUCAAACAAUCGUUUGUCUGAUGUAGUCUAGUCUGGUUUAAUAUAGAUAGUUUUAGUGCAUUGCUCUAAUUUAAUAAUAAUAAAAUAAUAUGUAGCUAAAAAGUUAUUUUAUUAGACCAAUGUACUUCAAUGAUAUUGUAAUAAAUUUCUAGUAAUAAAUUUUUUUUAUUAUUAUUGACUUUUAAUUUAAUCGUUUUUUAAUGUACAUUUAAUGUAUGUAGUUUACUAUAAAUCGAUUAAAGACCCAAUUCC